CCGCUCGCUCGCUGGCAGUGCCGGGAGCAGGCUGGCCGAGCGAGGCAGCGCCGUGCCCUCUGUCUGAACCGGCUCGGCUCGGCUCGGCUCGGGACCCCGGGAGGAGCCCGCAUCCGCGGAAAACAGCCGCCCGCGUCAGAGCUGGAGGAGGAGGAGGAGCCGAGAUUCGGCAGGAAGGAAGCGCGCACAGAAAAUAGGAAGGAGGCGCCUCGCGCGUUCAAAACAAGCAGACGGCGACUGGGGCUCCCUGCUCCGCCGGACAGACAGGAGAAACCGCCACCCCGCACGCCAUCACCCGCAGGGCAGCCGCUCCCCGGCCUCCUGCGCACACCCCGUCCCCGAGCAUGUCCGAGCGAGGAGGAGGAGGCGGCAGCGGCGGCGGAGGAGGAGGAGGAGGGCUCCCCCGGGCUGGCGGGGCUCCGUCCCCCCACCUCCAGCCCCCGAAGCCGGUGACCAUCGCCUCCGCCCGCCCGGUGCAGAUGAACCUGUACGCCACCUGGGAGGUGGACCGCUCGCUGCCCAGCUGCGUGCCCAGGCUCUUCAACCUGACCCUGAAGAAGCUGGUGAUGUUGAAGGAGCUGGACAAGGACCUGACCUCUGUGGUCAUCGCCGUCAAGCUGCAGGGUUCGAAGCGCAUCCUUCGCUCCAAUGAGAUCCUGCUGUCUGCGGCCGGGCUGACCGAGACAGACCUGCAGCUCUCCUUCUCCCUGCAGUACCCCCACUUCCUGAAGAGAGACGCCAACAAGCUGCAGAUCAUGCUGCAGCGCCGCAAGAGGUACAAGAACCGCACCAUCCUGGGCUACAAGACGCUGGCCCUGGGGCUCAUCAACAUGGCGGAGGUGAUGCAGCACCCCAGCGAGGGGGCGCAGGUGCUGGGUCUCCACAGCAACGUGAAGGACGCGGCCGUGCCGGUGGCCGAGAUCCGCAUCUACUCCCUGUCCAGCCAGCCCAUCGACCACGAGGGGCCCAAGGCCAAGCUGUCCGACCGCUCUCCGGACAUCGACAACUACUCGGAAGACGAAGAGGAGAGCUUCUCCUCCGAGCAGGAGGGCAGCGACGACCCCGCGCACGGCCAGUAUCUGUUUGACGAAGAUUACGAGGUGGGGAAGAUGAAGAAGUCUCGCCGCAAGCUGACCUCCACAGCGUCCAUCACGCGGGUCAACGUGAGUCUCGCCGCCUGGCACCGGGAGAGUGACCCCGUGGGGUUCGGCCUGGAGCACGUGUCCCGGGAGCAGAUCCAGGAGGUGGAGGAGGACCUGGACGAGCUGUACGACAGCCUCUACAACCCCAGCGACAGCGGGCCGGAGAUGGAGGAGACGGAGAGCAUCCUCAGCACCCCCAAGCCCAAACUCAGGUCAGCACAGCUGGUCCCCUGCCAGGGGGGAGUGGGGCUGGGGUCUGGGGAAGGAGCCUGGCCAGUACACAGACUGGGGAGGGGCUCUGGGGGAGGAACACAGAGCACGCCCUCUCCCAGGCUGGACGGCGGCCACACCCCUCGGCAGAGGAGGAGCACUCCGUUUAGAGACCGGCAGCAGUCGAAGCCGCUGAGCGAGAGAACCAACAGCUCAGACAGCGAGAGGUCGCCUGAGCUGAGCCACUCCACGCAGGUGCCCAGGAAGGUGGUGUACGAUCAGCUGAACCAGAUCCUGGUGUCGGACACCGCGCUGCCCGAGAACCUCAUCCUGGUCAACAUCACGGACUGGCAGGGCCAGUUCGUGGCGGACCUGCUCCACGCCCAGAAGCUGCCGGUGGUGUGCACGUGUUCUGGUGCCGAGAUCCAGGCCGUGCUGUCUGCAGUGCUGACCCGGAUACAGAAGUUCUGUAACUGUAACUCCUCCAUGCCACGCCCAGUCAAGGUGGCAGCAGUGGGUGGGCAGAGCUACCUGGGCUCCAUCCUGAGGUUCUUCGUCACCCAGCUGGCCAACAAGACGUCGGACUGGCUGAACCACAUGAGGUUCCUUGUGGUGCCCCUGGGUAAGGUGCCCGCCGGGAGGGGCAGGGCGGGGGGCGCGGGGGUGCCCGGCCGAAACCUCGGGGAGGUAACACGUCGUGUGCAGCCACGAGAUCUGAAAGGUGCGGUGAAACGGGUAGACGCGACCCCCCGGAUAUCGUGAAAGAGUGAGCUGCUGGACGUCGACUGUUCUAAUCCCCCCUCUCUCUCCAGGCACGAUGAAGACUCCUAUCAGAAGUUCAUCCCCUUCAUUGGGGUGGUGAAGGUGGGGUUGAUCGAGCCCAGUCCAGCGUCCGCAGGUGCGGAUGCAGACGAGGGCGGGGCCACGAGCUUGGCCGUCCCCUCCACGUCGCCGCCUUCCCACGGGUCCGGCGUCGGAUUGGUCAAGGAGGCCGCCGCGACCCCGCCCCCCUCGCCCUCCAUGAGCAGCGGAUUGGCCGUGCUGGGGAGUCCCAGCAUGCCCCACGGCGUGGACGCCAUCGGCCUGCAGGUGGACUACUGGGUGGCGCUGGGCGGGGAGAGGAAGAAGGAGGGCGAGCGCCGCGACACGGGUUCGAAGAACACCCUGAAGAGCACCUUCCGCUCCGUGCAGGUCAGCCGGCUGCCGGGGGCCGCCGGCGAGGGCCCGCCCGGCCUCAACACCAUGUCCAUGACCGUGGUCACCAAGGAGAAGAACAAGAAGGUGCCCACCAUCUUCCUGGGGAAGAAGCCGAAGGAGAAGGAGGUGGACUCCAAGAGCCAGGUGAUCGAGGGCAUCAGCCGGCUCAUCUGCUCCGCCAAGCAGCAGCAGACCAUCCUGCGAGUGUCCAUCGACGGGGUGGAGUGGAACGACGUCAAGUUUUUCCAGCUGGCGGCCCAGUGGCCCACCCACGUCAAGUAUUUCCCAGUCGGACUCUUCAGCUACAGCAAGCCAGCGUCCUAGGACCCGCCCCCCCCCAAGCCCACCCCUCCUGCGCAGCCAUUGGCCAGCUCCCGGAACAGGCCCUCUGCCACUCAGAGCUCCUGGAACCCUCCCUAGCCAAUCAGAGCCGGGGGGCGUGGGCUUCUCCUCCAAUCGCGUCCUUCGUAGACUUCUGCUCGGAUUUUCGUUCUUCUUUCGCUAUGGCAACGGCUGUGGAGCACAUGUGGAUUGGAUCGAUGACGUCGCUGUUCGCUCACGCCUGUCUCCAGGGCAACGCAGGGAGGUGCUGGAAGAGUGUACAGAGGAGGGAUGGGGUUACAGAUGGAGUACACACACACGCACAAAAAUGGACGCUUGCUGACCAUGUCCUGUACAGAAGUAACUUUGGGCAGAUGUGCUUUUAUGUGUGUCAUGUUAUGCACCAGUUUCCUUGUGGUGUGUUUUCAUUAGAGCAUUAAGCGUAUAAAAACCAGGCCAUGUCCUCUUCCUGACAGAGCGAUUGUGUCCGUACAAGAUGGGUGAUUGGUCAUUCCUGGCGCUGGAGGAGAUCGGAAUGGCUUUUGGGAAGAUGGGGGAUUCCAGAGGCAGGGAAUUGCUCUUUAAUCCAGGGGUGACCAGUACUAGUCCUGGAAGGGGUGCUGUCUGCAGCGGGGGUGUCCGGUCCUGGUCCUGGAGGGGUCAGUGUGUCUGCAGCGGGGGUGUCCAGUCCUGGGCCAGGAGGGGUCAGUGUGUCUGCAGCGGGGGUGUCCACUCCUGGGCCAGGAGGGGUCAGUGUGGCUGGUGGUCUCGUUAAAAGCAGCAGCACCUGUUCUAUGGGUCCAGUUCUGCCCAUGAGGCGAAGACAGAGCUUGUUAAGAGCCGGGCAGCAGGGGGAGCCCCCAGAGAUGCCCGCAAGCCCCUUGGGCACAGUAGGGGACCACUCUGGGCCUUGCCCAGGUGCGAGAGGCGUGCCGUGCGACGGGGCGCAGUUUCUGUCCUGGGGGCCCACACCGAACCUUGCUGACUCCAGCCUGGGGCCCCCCUGUUUCCCGGGAUCCCCCGCUCGGCUCCUCUCCUCGCAGGACUGGACUCCGGUAGGGGGGUGUGGGGGAGUCGGGGCGAGCCAGGAGCGAGUCCAGUUCAGUUCGCCCAAAGGAAAGGAACUCCGGUCUUAAACCCCCCCCCCCCCCAUCAGAGCGAGAUGGACUAGACCUUCCCAUCCGUGCUGAAGGGGAAAUGGACUGUUCCAUUCUUUUAUUUCUGGUGGUGGGGGGAGAGUGUGGCCUCACUGCCUUCAUGCCUCUAGGGCGCUCCUAGAAAACACAGCCAUCAGCCUCUUGUUGUUUUUAUACCAGAUGUGCACUUUACUAUUAAAACUCCUAUUUGGACGUGG